AUGGCUGCAAUAAAGGAGAAGAGGCGGCCAUCACCUAAAGAUAGGUUGUUAACUCAAAAAGUCAUUGUAGAUGAGUUCAUCCACUGCAGAGAGAAGCCAAGUAGAUUUGUUUUUAGAUCAAUCGCCAAUACAAUCAUUGCCAUGUCUCCUUUAUCAUUUGAAAAUGAUUGUGGAACUGGCAGUGAAGGAUUUGCUCGUUCAUUAGAAACAACCUACUAUAAUCAUCACACCAUUCGACAGGCUAUGGCUGAAAAGAGGAAGCAUCGUGAUCUGAAUAGCACAGCAGAUAAAGUUCCCAGGAAGAACCAAGUUAAAGACUCCUACGGCUGUUCACAGUGGCAACCUGUUGAGUUUCCUGAGGGAGAGAACCAGGAUUCACUUGAAGAAAAGAGAAAAUGGCUUGAUCUCAAGUUUCAAAAAAGAGACAGAGACACAUCAAAGGUUAAUGACUACAUGGAAUGUACAUACUUCAGUCAACGUUGUGAUAUCAACAAACAGCCAGCUGCCCUGGAAGUUGUAAAACAAAAGUGGCUUUUCUUGUUUGAACCCCGAUAUUUGUUUGAUCAUUUUAAGUCCCUUAUUGGACAUCAGACAAAUACUGUGUUCAUGAACAACCUUGCUUCCAAAGGAGAUUCCAUCAUGCGUUUCAUGACAGAGACCAAGAAAGUUAGCGAAAAAUGGCAGCAACUUCUUCGGGCUGCUGAAGAACACUCCCCAGCCCAACGUGUGUCCCAAAGACAAUGUGCAACAAUUUGCAUCCUUCCAGGGUACUUUCAAGAGAAGGAGGAGCUCUUUUUGCAGGAAGUUAAGGUACUUUAA